UGUUUAUGUUAUGUAUUGAUUUCCCUUUUGAAUUUGUCAUGGGUUUAUGCUUGAGAAUGUGUUGAAAUACUGAUGGGUUUUUGAUAAACAUAUCUUUACGUAUGUGUCUUAGAAUGUUGUGUGCCUUAUGGGUCUCUUGAGUUCAAUUCUUAGUUCAUAUUAUGUGUGGUUUUAAAUCACAGCAUCUCUUGUGUGUUUAUGUGUUCAAGAAACAUUGACACUGACGAGGAAACUCUUUAUAUGGCAGGUUGUUUCUUGCAGUUUACUUGGAUUGCAAUGACAUCUGUCCCCGGUACUGAUUCUCUGGCAUGGACUGAUGAGCAAACCCGGUUCUACCUCAAACUGAGAGUUGAGGAGAAGCUGAAAGGAAAUGAAAGAAAAGGAAAUCUUAAUGAAGUUGGGAGACAGUCCAUUAUUGACAAGUUUUAUGAAGCUUAUGGGGAAAGACACGUUUGGAGAAAAUUUGGGAUCAAGCACACUACUUGCAAAACUCAGUAUGCAAGGUUCAAACGGUUGAUCAACAAGAGGACCGGACUUGGCUAUGAUGCAAAUGGGUACGUAGACAUGUCUGAUGACUGGUGGGAUCAACUUUUUAAGGAAUUCCCAUCAGCUAGAAAGCUUAAAGAGAAUCCACUAGCAAAUGUUGACUUGUUGGAGAAUGUGUUUGGAGCGGUUCAUGUAAGUGGAGCUGAAGGAUGGACUGCUCAGCAAGGCGAAGACUCUUUGGAUAAGCAAGGCGACAAUAAUGAUGGUGAUGCUGAAGACACUGAUGUGGAUCAAGUUCCUCCUACUCAAGAUAUCAGUGCUCCAGCUGAAUCAAGAACUGCUGGCCCUUCAUCCAGUAGAACAAAAGCUAACAAGAAGAGAUCAAGGGCUGCUCAAGUAGGACAGGCUGUAGUAGAUUGUCUUUCUGACAAGAACAAGAUGAUAGGGAACCACCCUGAGUUCAGUUGCAACCAGCUUACAGCUAUGGAAGCCUUACACUCGCUGUCUGCUAUCAGGCACUGGUCUCCUUUGUACAAGGCAGCCAUCGAUCAUCUCAAGCAGGACCCUACCAAUCGCCAGACCUUCUUGUUCUAUAAAGAUGAUGAGGACAAGGUUCUCUACUUGGAGUAUGCUACUGGUGAAAGUAGAGAUGCUUGAAGACUAUGUUAUGCUUGUGUUUCUGUUUGUGUUUUGUAUGAACUCUAGUGUUCUUUUGGUUUGUGUUUGUUAUGUUCAAAACUCUACUGUUCUUUUGGUUUGUGUUUGUUAUGAGAA